GACCACAAGCGGGAAACCGGACUCAGCGCAGAGAUGCUCAAACAGACUUUCCUCACCGUCCUUGUCCUUCUGGCUUGCUGGGUGGCUCUCAUGGAAGGAAUUCCCAGCGCGGGUCGGGAGCGCUGUUUAUGCAAAGGUUUGAGAAAUUCUGUGCAAAAGAACCGUAUAGUUAAAACUGAGUACCACCGGCCAAGCACCACCUGCAGUCGAGAGGAAGUGAUAGUGACGCUUAGAAACAACCAAAGACUUUGUCUGAACCUGAACGGGGACCAAGGCAGGGAAAUUAAAAAGGAUAUUUUGAACCGAAUGAAGGCCAAAUAAUGAAGUUCAAGCCAACUUUUGAAGAAGCUGCUUCACUUCCUAUGGACAUGUAAUCAGCUUGUGAAGGACUCAUCAUCUAUGACACUCAAAUUGGAACCACUGAUCCAACAGCGUUAUAUAUGGAUUUAGAAGUAACCCCAGUACUUCCUGUAGCAAUUUAUUUAAAAAAAACCGAGUAUAUGAACUAUGUAAUGAGGCAAAAAGGCUGUGAUUUUUGUUUUGUUUUUGACAUUUCUGACCACGGCAGGUCUUCAAUCUUCCAAAUCAAACAAGCUAUAUGACAAUGUCAAAUUGGCGUACUUAAUUCCUGAAUAUUUUUAUGCUUGUUACACCAAUACAAGAUAGUCCUCGAUUUACGACCACAAUUGAGCCCAAAUUUCCGUUCGUUAAAAGUGAGUUUAGAAGCUAGAGACUAUGAGAGCAGAAUUAAGACAGGGUUAGAAGAAAUGACCCAACAACAUAUUGAUUUAAAACCUGAGCUGUUCCUAUUGGGUAUACUACCAGAGAAAAUUAGUAAAGAAAAUAUAUACUUGAUUAUACAUAUAAUAACUGCAGUGAGGAUAGCAUUUGCGCAAAGAUGGAAAGCAGAGAAAAUCCCUUUGGAAGGGGAAGUAAUUAAAAAAAUCUUAAAUUGUGCAGAAAUGAACAGAUUGAUGAUUAAAGAGAGAGAGAGGAUACGGACUACUAUAAGAUAAGGGGGAAAUUUUAUGAUUGCUUAAAAAAGAGAUAUAGAUAAAAAUUGUGAUAAUUAAAUAAGGAGAAUGUUAUAUUAAAUGUAUUGUAAUUUGGGGGGAAAUAUCGCAACAGAGAAAUGGAAAUUAUCAAGGAGAAAUGAAGAUAGGAGGAGGAAUAAAAAGAAGAAGAAGUCACGGAAGAAACACCGAGAAGACACACGAAAGGAUUGAU